AAACGAAACGUUGGAAAAUAGUUUCCUGGAAAAACGCAGCCCCGGAACGAAUUUUCCUAAAACCCUCUGCACAGUACGCAGUCUUGUCUUAGUCUCGGCGCGGAGGAGAAAAAAAUGCAGCGGCUUUUCUCCGUCAAGCUCCUCUCUAACCCCAACAGAUUGAUCAGAUCCUCGUCUUCUUCCUCUUCGUGUUCUUCCUCCUCUUCUUCUCUUCUUCUCCGUCCGGCUCGCCGCCCUUCCGGCUCGGCCUUCUCUUCUUCUCUCGCCGGGCCGACUGAAUCUCAGCUGGGUAAGCUCGCAAACAGCAAUCAAGCACAUGGGUUCCUCUCUAACCCUUUGGCCCUCGCUCGGAGGAACCUCAAAUUUUCGGCUUGGCUCCCGCCGGUCGAAGGUGGGCUCCGCAGGUUCCGUUUCUUUGACCGGAAUUCCGGGUUCGGCUCGAGCUUCCGCUACUAUGCCUACAGCUGGAGGUCUUGGCUCAGAAGAUUAAGCGUUGACAGUGUAGUUCUGGGCUUGAUAAUUGCAAAUGUUUCCGUUUUCCUGUUGUGGCAGGUCGCCGACCAUAGGUUCAUGUUUAGAAACUUCAUGAUCUCACUGGACCAUAUCAGAAACGGGUAUCUGCAUACCAUGGUAACCUCUGCCUUCAGUCAUAUGAGUGCUGGCCAUUUAGUAUCAAACAUGCUCGGACUUUACUUCUUUGGGCAGCAUCUUGGAAGAGUUUUUGGACCAGAUGUUUUGCUGAAGUUGUAUUUUGCCGGUGCCAUUAGUGGCUCAAUUUUCUAUUUGGCAUACCAUGCCUUCUUGGCUUUGCAAUCGAAGAAUCGAGGAACGGUUGCAGUGGACCCUUCAAGAAUACCAGGACUGGGUGCUAGUGGGGCUGUGAACGCUAUUAUGCUACUUGACAUCUUCCUCUUCCCAAAAUCUAUUCUGUUAUUUGACUUCAUAAUACCAGUCCCUGCUAUCUUAUUGGGAAUCUAUAUUAUCGGCAAGGACAUGCUGCGGGUAAUAGAGGGUGAUACUGAAGUAUCAGGAUCAGCUCACUUGGGAGGAGCUGCAGCUGCUGCUAUAGCAUGGGCCCGAGUCAGGAGAGGCCGUUUCUAGUUUGACCCCUUUCCCCGCUAAUCUUCUAAUUCCGAUGAAGAGAUAGAUAUUGCAUCUUGGUAGGUGAAGUCCCCUGUUUUUAAUUGGAGGGAGGUUUGCUAAGGGCUCUGCAACGCAAACUCGUAUAUUCCUUCAAAUUUAGGAUAAACUGCCUUAUAUUAGGUAUUAUUGCGUAUACCUAAAUGCUCCAGAAGCAAAAACUAUGAUUCAUAUAGUACCUUUAGUGGCAAUGUCAAUGCUUUGAUUCAUUUUUUACUAUUUGGACAUGUCAUGAGAGAUCCGUCUUGUUUAAUUGACAAUGUAUUUGUCGGCAUGGAUCUUGCUUGCUGUGAAUCGGGUUUAAAAAGACGGUGAAUAUCAAUCAGUACAUACUGUUCAGACCAAA